GGUCCAGCAGGUCCUCGCGGUCUCCCCGGCCCCCCUGGCGCUCCUGGUCCUCAAGGUUUCCAAGGUCCCCCUGGUGAACCCGGUGAACCUGGUGCUUCUGGUCCCAUGGGUCCCCGUGGUCCCGCCGGUCCCCCUGGCAAGAACGGAGAUGAUGGUGAAGCUGGAAAGCCUGGGCGUCCAGGAGAGCGUGGUCCCCCCGGCCCCCAGGGUGCCCGUGGUCUCCCAGGAACCGCCGGUCUGCCAGGCAUGAAGGGUCACAGGGGUUUCAGUGGUCUGGAUGGUGCCAAGGGUGAGCCUGGUCCUGCUGGCCCCAAGGGUGAGCCUGGCAGCCCCGGGGAGAAUGGUGCUCCUGGGCAGAUGGGUCCUCGUGGGCUUCCCGGCGAGAGAGGCCGUCCUGGUCCAUCUGGCCCUGCUGGUGCUCGUGGUAACGAUGGUGCUCCUGGUGCUGCCGGUCCUCCCGGUCCAACUGGUCCUGCUGGUCCCCCCGGCUUCCCCGGCGCUGCUGGUGCUAAGGGUGAAACUGGUCCCCAGGGAGCUCGUGGCAGCGAAGGUCCCCAAGGUGCCCGUGGUGAGCCCGGUCCCCCCGGCCCUGCUGGCGCUGCUGGUCCUGCUGGCAACCCCGGUGCUGACGGUCAACCCGGUGCCAAGGGCGCAAUCGGUGCUCCUGGCAUCGCUGGCGCUCCCGGCUUCCCCGGUGCCCGCGGCCCCUCCGGACCCCAGGGUCCCAGCGGUGCCCCCGGCCCCAAGGGGAACAGCGGUGAACCUGGUGCCCCAGGCAACAAGGGAGACACCGGUGCCAAAGGCGAACCUGGUCCUGCUGGUGUCCAAGGUCCCCCCGGCCCAGCCGGUGAGGAAGGCAAGAGAGGAGCCCGUGGUGAGCCCGGCCCCGCUGGGCUUCCUGGCCCUGCUGGCGAGCGUGGUGCUCCCGGCAGCCGUGGUUUCCCUGGUGCUGAUGGCAUCGCUGGUCCCAAGGUAGGUGCCUCCCUGGGUGAAAAAAACAUGCCCUCG